CAGAAAAAGAAUUCGACGCAGUGCGUUUCGCUAUGUUAGGCUGCAAGGACACCACUCGUGGACAACAUGUCAUCACUCAUCAUGAUCAUCGCAACAGCGACAACAUCAAAGAAAGGACAAAGGAUCGCCUUCAACGAGAUCUAUCUAGUAAGCGAGUUUUGAAGAAGACGAAUAGAUGGGCUUUAGACAUCUUCCAGGAGUGCGGAGACACAUUCGAACUCUCGUUGACACCAGGAGCGGACCUUCCAGGGCCCGACUUUUUGUCUCGUCAUUUUCCUGGAGCCGAUGCAGCAAAGUGCGAGUUUGAGCGUGCUAUCGCUGACGGUAUGCCAGUUCGCGAGUUAGUUGCUCGCUUGUACGGGAUCGAGUUAGAUGAUGAAUUUCUACCGACGUUAGAUCGUUUUCGAGAGGCACAUGUAGAACGUGCUCGCAAGGAACGAGUGCGCGCUACAACUAAGCCGGUAGUACCUGUUAAGGUGCCAAAGGCGAAGGCAAAACCUUCGUCUAAGCCCAACAGACUAGUCGUAGCUUCUUUAUCAUUAGCAGCAACAUCAGCGCAACAAGCUUGCCUCAGCGACAUCGUGAACAAGCUGCCGAACUUUCCUAACAAUUUUCCUCUGACAAAUUCGACAACAUUUACGGAGGCAGCAGAACGCGCUCGAGUUUGUGUCACGAUCGCGAAACGCAAAGCAGCGCAGCUUCGUCUUCCGUCGACCAUCAUACCAGGGGAGGUCGCAGUACGGCACUGGACCGACGAUCGAGGUUUUGGAUACGUCAUCAAGGCGAAGGAGGCCUUCCCGUGUCGUGAUGGACAGAAGAGAAAAGAACUCUGGCUGUCGCAAAAAGUGCUCGGACACCGCAGAGCACUGAAGUAUUGUAUAUGCAGUAUGCACUUCGUGGUAGUUCUGCUGAAGUCAAAUCGAAGAACUUCAAGCUGAAUGCUAGGUAUCAGGACGAGCCUUUCUGUGGCGAUGAUUUACAGUCUUUCGAUGGCGAAUUAGACGCGGUAGCGCCUGUUGUUAAUGAGCCAGAGGAUGUCUCUGCUUUACAAGAUGCUGCAUCAGUAGAAGAGCAGCAACAAGACUCAUCUUCUGCUUCGCCACUUGUUGUACAACAAUCAGCAUCGGACGAACAGAAACUAAGUGACGAGAUUGCAUCUAGUGAACUUCAUCAAGCAGAGCAUGGAGGCAGCAGCAACGCUACAGACAACGACGCAGAUCUUGCAUGUCCUCCAGCUGGUGACGUAUUUCAAGAGAUGCAGCAGGGAUUUACACCUGGUAAGGCAGUGAUCCACAUCGAUCUAGAGGCUAUCGACAUCAAUAUGCAAGAGUUUCUAGAUGCGCAACGUGACUACGUCGAACAACGUGGCAAGCGUGGACUACUCAACGACUUCGCCUGGCUACCACUAGCAAACUACACAGAAAAGAAAAUCUUGCGCAAGCAGACCUUUGACGAGUUCGCGUUUUCCUACAGAGUAUUCGCACCGAAGAAGUAUCGCACAAGCAUCCUUCAAUACUUCCACUGCUCACCACUCGACGCAGGACAUCAAGGUCGCGAUACUACACUAGCAAGGAUCAGACGACAUUUUUUGUGGGAAGGGAUGCGACGUCAAGUUCGUGCUUUCUGCAGAGCAUGCAAGAUUUGCGCACAGAGUAAGCGACGCGCGAUCGUCAGAGCAUAUCCGAGAUCUAGUAUGCUUACGCAUCCUUUUGACUCUUAUGAGAUCGACUUCGUUGGACCUCUAACACCUUGCAUGGAUUUCGUCUACAUCCUCACUUGUAUCUGCCGUUUUAGUGGUUGGAUUUUUCUACGUUGCGUGAAGGAAGCAACUUCGGAGGCAGUGGCGAAAUUUCUCUUCGAGGGUGUGGUCUGUUCCUAUGGACCGUUUCGGGAGCUACGCAGCGAUCGUGGUUCGCAUUUCAUUGCGCAGAUUAUCAUCAAGAUGAGCGAGAUGUUUCAUUUUCGUCACGUUCGAGGUAGUGCAUACAACCCCACAUCUCAGUCACUCAUCGAAAGAACUCAUCGACUUCUUAUCGAGUACCUUCGCAGUUUUCUACUUCAUACAGGAGGUCGCGCUGAUUGGGUUCAGUACGUUAUGCCUUUUCAGUGGGCUUUUUGA